UUGGUACCAACGUAUCUUGCAACUUUGAAUCUACUGCUAUCAAUAUGGGCUUAAUUCAUUUUGCUUUGGUUUUGGUGUUCUCAUGUUGGACUGGAAGAUUUGUAUGUGGAAAAGAGUCAUUUCAUAAAUCCAAGAGCUAUUACGUUCGAGAUCUAUUACAAUAUACAUACCCACGAGGAUCUCUCUCUGAUAGUGUAAGUGGAGAUGACAAAGCGAUUUCAGUUUAUCAUGUUGGGAGAGGAGCACAAGGAAUACCCGUGGGAUACAAUAAAACAUACACCGAUGUAUUCGUCAGCACAAAUGGUCAAAUACUUUUUGGAAACAACAACAGCAGCCCUCGGCCGAUGGCACAUUACACAGGACCUGACAUGCUCGCACCUUACUGGACAGAUUUAUUUCCAGUUGGUGGAAGCGAUGGAUAUGUUUUCUAUAAAACAUACAGUUCUGACAGAGCUCAAGAUCAAAGUGUUAUUUCAAAGGCAGAUUUUGCUGUUCUCUUCAACAGUGGGAAUUCAGGAUUUAACGCAAAAUGGGUUUUAGUUGUGACCUGGUGGAAUACUAAAGUGGUGGAUUUUCCCGCAGAUGAUCGAGUUACGAUCCAGUGCAUCCUUAUGACUGAUUUUGUCACAACUUACGCAAUAUACAACUAUAUGAACGUAGAUGUUGAUCCAAGCCAUUCUUCGAAGAGCGUAGCUAUUGGAUAUAAAACAAAUAUUCAGACAUUUAGUAACGUUCAUUCUCUUACAGACGACGUUUUCAGAAUGAGUAAUUUCAGAGGAAACACAGGAGAACGUGGUAUUUGGUUCUACGUCAUAGCAGAUGGUAUGUAUCAUUAGCUGCAAAUUUCACUU